UAGGCUGUUCUCUGCACUAGCCAGCACUGCUCCUAAGUCCUCUGUCCAAACCACUGCUGUGCUCUGUGUUUGGAAAAUUGGAGCAAAUCAAUUGACCUGCAUCUCACAUCGGAAGAUGGGAAGUGGGAUCAGCUCAGAGAGCAAGGAGUCAGCCAAGAGGUCAAAAGAGCUGGAGAAGAAACUUCAGGAAGAUGCGGAGCGAGAUGCAAGGACGGUUAAGCUGCUACUGCUAGGAGCAGGUGAAUCUGGAAAAAGUACGAUUGUUAAACAAAUGAAGAUCAUCCAUAAGAAUGGGUACAGUAAGCAAGAAUGCUUGGAGUUCAAGGCAGUGAUCUACAGCAACACGCUGCAGUCCAUCUUAGCCAUUGUGAAAGCAAUGACGACGCUUGGGAUAGAUUAUGUAAAUCCUAGAAGUGCAGAAGACAAGCAGCAACUUCACGCAAUGGCAAAUACGCUGGAAGAUGGCGACAUGACACCCCAGCUGGCAGAAGUGAUUAAGCGACUUUGGGGAGACCCAGGAAUCCAAGCUUGCUUUGAAAGGGCUUCUGAAUACCAGCUCAAUGACUCUGCCGCUUACUACCUUAAUGACUUAGAUAGAAUCACAGCCCCCGGGUACGUGCCAAAUGAGCAAGAUGUUCUGCAUUCCCGGGUGAAAACGACUGGUAUCAUUGAAACUCAAUUCUCCUUUAAAGACUUGAACUUCAGGUAUGUACAAACCUGUCUGCUAAGUGGGCGGAGCAAACUUCCAGCUCAGUGUUUCUUCAUGGAGGACGCUGUCCCCACAGUCAAGUGCAGUGACUUUGCGUUAGCUGGAGAGACCUCCUUUCCUGACAUCAGCACCUUCCUUCCUGCACUCCUUCAGCACACUCUAAACCUCUCCUUCCUUCUGGGCUGCGGUUCUCAGUCAGGCCUACAAUUAGUGGAUUUUCUGGAAUUAAUUAGUAAACUGGCCUCGCAUGAGAGCAGGGCAAAGGGGCAGCUGAGAACGCAGCCAGCUCUGCUCCGGGGAAACUUGGCGAAAAACAGAAUGCACGAAAGUCUUCACCUAUUCAACAGCAUCUGCAAUCACAAGUAUUUCGCCACCACCUCCAUUGUUCUCUUUCUCAACAAGAAAGAUCUCUUCCAGGAAAAAGUGGCCAAGGUGCACCUCAGCAUCUGCUUCCCAGAGUACACAGGACCAAAUACAUUCGAAGAUGCAGGGAACUACAUCAAGAACCAGUUUCUAGACCUGAAUUUAAAAAAGGAAGAUAAAGAAAUCUACUCUCACAUGACCUGUGCGACUGAUACCCAAAACGUCAAAUUUGUGUUUGAUGCAGUGACAGAUAUAAUAAUAAAAGAGAACCUCAAAGACUGUGGGCUCUUCUGAGCCACCUCUUUGUCUUCCAUUUGUGAUGGCUGUAGUCUGUUCAAAGACAUUUAAGGUGCUCAAGGGGCUGUGUGAUUAGUUUAGGUAGAUGCUAACUUAUCUAGAAACGUAACUCGAAUUAUAAAACAAAACUUUCACACAACAAUGUGACUGCUGUAGUAUCACCUGUAUCUGGAUAAAGUUUUAUUUCCCAGGGGCGCGGAGGGUAGAGUUUCUGACAUUCUCUGUAUAGAAUUUGAUGCAUCUUGGUAGCUAUCACAAUAUAUACUCAUGUUACUAAACUCUCUUGAAGAAGAGUUACAAGUGACUAAUUUUUAGUAAAAGAAUAAAUUACAUCCCCCAGCUAGGUUUUGCUAUUCCAUGUCAUGUCUGUACUACAGGAACUGUACAAAAAUGAUACAAGGUAUGUUUUGGUGACCUGCUCUUCAUUACCACAAAGCAUACACAGUACAUGCUUUUGCUGAUGUGAAAUUGCAUA